AUUGUUGAACACAAUUAAGUAACUAAAUUCCCUUGCUAUUCUAUGCCAUGAUAUGCGAUCCAAAGAAACAGCUCUAAAGUCUAUGGCGCUAUGCUGGUUUGGUAGACGACAGCUGCUGGUAUCUUAAGAUGAUGACAGGGAUGUAUGGGGUCUGGCCUGGUAUCGAACCUUUUACUUGUACGAUAGAUCUCGUAGGCAAUACCUAAAGGAGAUGAAGAAUUUUGUUAACGAGAACAUAUCAAUCUUUUCAAAGAGGUUUGGUUGGAAAGCAUAUCUAUCUUGUUGCUUGCUUCACAAGGAUGUUGAGACGGCGAAUUGGGUAUCCAACAAACUGCUUGAACUAGAUCCUCACCAACACGAGCCUUAUCUUCUCGUCUCUAAUACUAUCUCAGCUAACGAAGCCUGGAGGAAGUGAGGAAACUUCCUGCCCAAUCUUGGAUCUGGCUGGUGCAUGCAGAAUAUCAUGUGCCAAUUGCAGCAUAAAUGAGUAAAAGGGAAGAAAUUUCCACUUUGGAUUUGUAGACUUUAAUAUCCAACUUCAGAGCUAACCAAUAUAAUAUCCAUAGUGUUAUUAAAAUAAAAACCAAUUUUUUCAUGUAGCUUAGAUCAACUUUCUAUUAGCAGUUAUCAGUUAUGUAUAUAUAAAGAAGCUUCAACCUCGUGAGCCUUGAUUUUGAUUUUAUAUAGCUAUGGACUAAUGUGUGUACAAAGUUUUAAGGAAUGAAUUCUGCUUUUCAACUAAUCAAGAAUCUAGAGGAGAAUUUUAGAAGUUUGCUUGUUUAUCACUUCUUUCUGGUGGAAUUUAAAGGCUACGUAUCCAUUUAGACAGAAAGGAGAACAAAAAGGAAAGAGACACAUAUUCCUGAAGAAAAUCUCACCACUCACUUUCUACAAUCCAAUCUCUUACUUAGUAUAUAGCACACAAAAUAAAGGUGACAGAACACAACACAUAUGUUAGCUUCGCCUUUACGAGUGUAGGAGUAAAAGCAGGAGCCCACCAUUUGGGAACUAACAGAGAGAGAAAAUAUAGUAUGUGUAAAUUGAAAAUCUAGCAAUCACCAGUGAGCAUAUUAUUACUCAAAUCACCUUUCGUACUUGGUGUCAUAAAACUUGAGUAGAUAUUGACUCCCAUUCCUCAGUAUAAUUAUAACUUAAAAUUAAAGCCAAUAUGCAGCAUAUAUAUUCCAACAAUAUGUGUCCAUCAUUCAGAACUCAUAACUUGUUUCAGCAUGAAGGAUCGAUUGGAGAGAUUUGUACUCCUUCCCUUUGCUGCCGGUUGCAUCUCGGAAUCCAGCAUUCCAGUAGUGAUGCACCAUUCUAAAAGAUCAAAGCAUGAAAAAGUCGAAGAGGAAAAGAAAGACGAGGAGGAGGGAUGUUUGGACAAUGAGAAAAGUCUAUCGGGUCAAAACUGGAAGACCACCCUCCCAAAAUUCCAGAAGGCAUUCAAGAACUUGUCUCAGUUAUUUGUGUAUAAAGAUGAGCAGGAAGCAGAGACGGGGAUGGAAAUUGGAUUACCGACAGAUGUGAAGCAUGUGAGUCACAUAGGCCUUGAUGGCUGCACGAGUUCAAUCUUUUCAAUGGGCUGGGCUGAACAGGAGUUGAUCGAUCUCCAUUCUUUCCCUCUGUCAGAGCUGGAAUUUGCCAUCAAAGCGCAAGCUGAAACACCCAAGAUAACGAGUUUGCUAGAAACCAAAUGUCAUUCUAAUAAUAACUCCAUUGCCCAAUGAGAGUGUUACAUUGAUACACUGAAAUCCAAAUGUAUGCACCAGCAAAACAGCAUCUUAGUUUCUACCAUUUUUUUUACU